CUUCGAAAUACAAGUCAACCUUGACCAUGUGGAGAAAGAAAAUGCUGUUGAGUGUACCUCUGACUGGCCUCCUACUACUGCUGAUGCUUUGCAAUGCCCAGGAAAGUAAGGGGGAUGUGCUUAUUGAAAUGGAAGCCCUGGGAAGACCCCUGUAUCCUGGCUCGAUGUAUGACUGCCGUACUGAGAGCUUCAUUCCAGGUUUUGCUCUGUGGGAUGAAGAAGCACUACACGAGCAUCGACAAGUGCGCCAACAGUAUGAAACAGACCUGAAGGUCUCUUCCUUUAACUCUUUCAGUGAAAAGGCCAGCCUCCUAAACAUGAGCACAUCCCUUAGAGCCAGUUUUUGGGGGGGGAUGCUGGGGGAUGGGGGCUAUGCCCGUUACCUGAUGGACUCCAAAUCCUCAGCACGCCAGUCCCGAGUCACCCUGCGUUACAGCCAGAUCAGAAGGUUUGAAGAACUCACUUUGACUGAGCUUGGCAAUAUCACCUAUACAUAUGCGUUUCAGCAUAAACUGGCUACUCAUAUGAUCACAGCUGUGUUGUAUGGGGCUCAGUGCUUCAUGGUGUUCAGUUACACAGCCUCAGAUGAUGAAGACCAACAGGAAGUUGAGAGAAAUCUUCUUACAAUGGUCAAGAAGAUUCCUUCAUUUACCAUAGAGAGGGACGGUUCCGUAAGCUUGAAUGAGAAUGAAACAAAGAUGGCUAAGAAGAUCAGGUUUGCAUUGUAUGGUGAUUUUUCUUUGAGAAGAAUCCCUAUAACAUUCACAGAUGUCGUGACGCUGUACAAGGAGCUUCCCUCUCUGAUGACAGACGAUGAUGCUGUGCCAGUGAGGGUGUGGCUCUAUCCCCUCAUGUUAUUGGACGAUCGGGCAGCCAAAUUAGAAAGAGAAAUCAGUGCGAGUCUGGUGUCUAAAGUAGGCCAUUUACUGGAAGAGCUAGUGGACAUCCAGAGGAGGUGCAACGAUUUGAUCACAAUCAGAAGCAGAAAUGAUUUUCGUGAUGUGAAGCAAAGGUUGCAAAAAUUUAAACACUUGCCGCAUUAUUAUAUGCUUGAGUUCCAGACCGCGCUGCAAAAAGCGCUGCGUGCUAUUCGAGGUGGCGAGCAGGAGGAGCAGGUGCUGAUUGACAUCCUGAACACCCACUACAGCUCUCCUUUUACUGCAUACAACUUGAACAAGUGGCUGGACAACAUUGCUACUGAAAUAAAUAUACUGAGCUCCUAUACCAGAGAGCUAAAAGACACCCCAGUCGUGACCUCCUCUAUCAUCCCCUUUGUGGCUGAUAUAGUUGUGUGUUUGUCUUUCACCUCUCUCAGGUAUGAAGACAAAUACCUAGAAACAUUAAACGACUUCCAGUUCUCUGCAGCUUUAGGUCAAACAAACCAUACUACAAACAUUUCCCAACAGUUAGAGCCUUGGUUCACUGGUGAUGUAUUAAAGAACAUGGAUCGGACCCUUUCCCGCUUUACAAGUUUUUUAAAGGCUAAUAAAAAUAGGAAGGGAAUCGGGUUCAUUACUGCUGCCUUCCCUGAUCCAAAUAAUCCAGGUGCCUCCAUCCAACUUUACAAACAAGGCAGACUGGUCAACCCCAACUUCGAGCCUGUGUCUAGGCCUCCCCCACCUAUCCUAAAAACCCAGGAUGGAGGUCUGACCUUGAUACUCCAGAAAUCGCCAACCGGAGACACAAUACAGUUUAGAGUGGAAUACGGGGAGGUAAAGCCAAGUGGCCAAGAGGGAUCUUGGGUAACCAGAGACACCCCAGAUACACAGAUUCACUUCAUACUAAAUGGACUACAUCCAAAGAAACAGUACUGUUUUCAGUACAGAGCUGUUGGUCCAGUGGGAUUCAGUGAGCCCAGUGAAUGUGUUUACUAUCCUCCCAUUCAUGAUGACAAAAUUAGUCCCAUACUAGUGGGUGGAAAUGGAGGUUCCGAGUGGACGUUCAAAACCUGUAAUUUCAGUGGACCACUGAAGGAAAUGACUGUUUCAGUGACCGACAAAGUGAAUGCUAUCUCUUUGACACGCAGUAAUGAUCACAAGGAGCAUUUUGGCCAUCACACGAACGAAUCAUCCAAGACAUUUACGUUUCAGGAUGGAGAUAAAUUCCUUUCCCUGAUACUGUGGCCAAACCAGGUUGGAGAUCGACUAGGUGGUGUUGAAUUUGAAGUUGUGCGUAAAAAUGGGCAGAGACAGACAUUCUCUGCUAGAAGCUCAAGCCUAGGCAGCCCUGUACACAUGGAUGUGGGUUCAGGGAUUUGUUGUGGGUUUGUAGGGAGAAGCAGUAAUGAUAUCAAUGCUCUUGGUUUUGUUUUUCUAAAGUAAACCAGAUUGAACUAAAUCAGGCUGAACUGAUGUGAAAUAUUCCACUCUUUCAGAAAAUAAAACAAUCUUCUUCACCCAAUGUAAGAUGUGCUAAAUAUAAUGUUAAAGGUUACGUUUCAGCAUUUCUUAAUUAUGUGCUAGUUGAUUUGAUCAUUAUUUGAUUGUGUUAGAAUGUUUAGUUCUAGUAGUAUAAAGUUUGGCGUUCAUGUAAAUCAUUAUCAUAGAAAUGUUGUCUUUCUGCAUUAUGAUUAGAUCCUUAUUUUUUGAUCAUAUGUAAAUUAAGGAAGUAUGGUGAAGGAAAAAUGGCAAAUGUGUGAUUGGGCAAAUAAAAGUUUAACGCUUAAA